GGUGGCAAGCAUUGAUUAUUGAUUGAUACUCAGUAAAAAUGUUUAUCACCUUUGUCACUAAAGCCGUUGUGCGCCCUGCCUGCACCGGGGCUCCUCACUCUGAGUGGCCCGGGAGGGGUGGGGGCACUGGGUCUCGGGGUGAGGCCAGGCCACGGGUGGUCUUCCCUUCAGGGGGAUAAUCUGGGCCAGGUCCUGGAGUGGAUGUAAGUGCGGUUUGCUUCUCUGUCUCCGCCUUCCUCCCCUGCACUGGCUUUGGGAGCUCGUCCAGGGAGGUCCUGCUGUGUCUCACGUGCUGGCCGAAACGCUCGGGAAGCCGGUUCUGGGCAGCACAGGUGGAGCAGGAGGCAGCGGGCGAGGACGCAGGCGGUUUCUGUGGAUGCCACUCGCCCUCUGACGGACUGCCUCAUGUGGCUCAGUGAUCGUGGGCUUUCCAUUUGGGGUUUGGUCUUCCUUCAGGGGAAACUGUCUUGUCGUGUCUCCUAAUGUAUAAUUUUCUCAAGAGUUGAGUAAAUACCUGUGGAAUAAACAGGUAAAUAAAUGCUACGUCUCAUGAAGAUGAAAGUUUAGUACCAAGUAUUACAUGACUUAGUCAAUAUUUGUAUCGAUACAGUGAAUUCCGUUAAAAAGCAGGGAUUUUUUUUUUAUGGGAUCUUUUCUGCAACACCUUUCACUCAUGUCUCUGUGCUCUUUGGUAGUGUGGGAAGGUGUUCCCGUCCCGUCACAGAAGAGGAAACUGAGGACCCACCUUAGUGACCCAGGCACUUGAAGCUGGUCAGUGACCAGGUUGGGGCCUGGGACCCUGGGCUCUGCGAGUUCAUGUUUGUGAUCUUUUAUUUCAUUGUCAGCCUGAUGGUAAGCUUCUCCCUCGUGUAAGCGCUGUGAAUAUGCCAGAUAAUCUGUUAGGGGCCCGCCCCCUCACCUUUCCCUCUGCCUCGAAGCUCGGUACGGUCCUCUGAAAGGUGUGCGGGCACGUCCCGGAGGCACAUGCUGCAGGCUGCUGCGGUUGGGGAGCACUGGGCUGCAGAUUCGCUGUGGAUAGUCUGUAGGGGGAGCCCCCACACGUGUGUUAAGUCAGACGGAGGAGGGCGCUCACCGGAUUGGGCCUGGUACAGCGGUCAGAGGACUGUUUCAAAAAGUGAAAGCGUGACUCCUACAGAUAGGAUGUUUGACGGUGAAGUCUUGGUUAUGAAACCCGUAAGAUUUACGAGCAGUGCGGAGGGGACGUUGCAGAAGCACCUGUGUGUGGAGUAAAGGACGGGGGAAAUGAAGGGCGGGCUUGUGCUGUGGGAGGAGGACGACGUGUUCGCGUGUCUGUGGCAGGAUCCACGUGCACUGCUUGGGGCCCCUGCAGUUCUGGGAGCUGCAAGAUAGCUCCUUGGGGCAGAAUCCUUGGACCCAGAGGGCCAGCCCCCUGCGCUCUGGCAGUCGUGGGGCCUCGAGGCGGGGUCACCCGGCACAGCCCGCCCUGGCCGGCUCGCCCGCCCUGGCCGGCUCGCCCACAAGCCGUUUUCUCUGCGGCCAGCACGGGUGCCGGUGGCCGAGAGGCUUCAGACACGUGCCGGGGAGCGAUGGUCCGACGCGGGAAGCUCUAACAGGAGCCUGCGUGCCCUCCCGCCUCCAGCGAUGCCCCCACCCCACGCUGGGGGGUGGCUGUGUGCUCACACCCCACAAGCUGGCGUCCAGCUCCUGUCUGGGGGUCGGUAGUGCCUCUGGGGCGCUCGGCUUGCUGACACUGUUGCCCCGUUGCCGGUGCGUUGAGUCUCUGCUGUGCUGAAACUUGACGGGCGUAAGUUCCAAAGUCGUUCCAGUCGUUUUUGUGUUUGAUGCUUUGAAGACCGUUGUGGCUGACCGACUGUUUCCGGUUGCUUCCCUGUAUUCAGGAUGGACCUAGUUUUUUACCCUCACAGGGGAAGCUGGACUCUUUCAGGGGGAUAGCGAUGUUUCUAGUGUCCUGGGGAUAGAAAUGAGCAUCGCACGGCGUGGGGGUGGGCCCGGUACUGUCCCGAGGGAGCUCAGCACCCCCGGGACGUUUCCUACAUUGUGCUGGUUGCUCCAGCAGACGAGAAAGGCUGGGGUCAGGCAGCCUCCUGAAAUGCAGCAGCCUGGACACGAUUCUGUUGCCCCACUCACGGCCUCCGGGUCAGACCUGGGGCCACAGGCCCUCACCCCACAUCCGCCCUGUUGGACAGAAGAGCCGCCCAACAUCGUGGCUGCUGGAGCACGUGGGCUGCUGUCUGGGGUGGGCAGGACAGUGGACAGACGCCUCUGGUUUGGGGGGAAGCCCAGUGAGGUCCUGGGGGGAGUGCCGCUGGGCGUGGGUAUGAUGGAGUCCAGUUCUGUCACACAGGGCACAGUCUGGGGUCUUUGUGAUGUCAGUUCUGGAGACUAAAGCUAGUUUCCUCAAUGUCAAUAUGUGAAAAUAUUCAUAUAACUUGUAGCACAGGGAAAUAUGUAGAAUUGUCAAAUCGUUGUUUUGUGCACCCGAAACUAACGGAAUGCUGUAUGUUAACUCUGUUUGAAUUUUAAAAAGUCCACCUUUUAAGACGUUCAUUUCUUUAACAUUAUUUUCUUUUGGGAAGGUGCCUUAAAAAUUUACUGUGUGAGCUCAAGCAGUUUUGAGUGAAAGCGGUCUUAAUGAAGAUGCAUCUUUGCAGCAAAAUCUAACUUGUAUUGUGUGCAUGCUGCGAUGACCGACUCGUCAUCCUGACCCUCCAGCUUAGGGUUAAGUGUCCGUGGGGACAAAUGACCCAGUGCCCACUUGCUGACUCUUGCAGGUGUGGCUGUGUCCUGGGAACAGCCAGCCCUCCGUCCCUGCACGGCGGCGUCUCCCCCGGCUGCCCGCCGACGUCGUGCCUGCACAGAGCCAGGCUGAGGCCAGGUCCUCCCUCUCCCUGGGCCGGGGCUGUGUCAGGCCGCUGUGUCACAGCCUUGGCCGCUUCCCCACGUGAUGCCGUGGGUGUUUCCCUGCCUGUGAAACAGAGGGCCAUCUGCAGGAUCCUGGGGUCUGGUCAGCUGUGAGCCAGCCUCGAAGCACCACUUGGGUUGUGUGGGGACAGGCUUGCGGUGCUUGGAGCGGGGUGGCCCCUGCUGAUCUGCGAGCAGGUGGGGCACACUGCGGCGUCCCCACUGGUCCUGGGCCGCGUGUCCAGGGGCCCACACACAGCACCGGCAGGAUGAGGCUCCGUGGCUGUUUCUACCCGGUGGUGUUCCUCACGCUGUGUGCACACAGGUCUUGUCCCUCCGCAUAGAGGCCAGGGGACUGAGCACUCGCGGUGUCAUCAUCCUGUUCCCUCUGACGGUCCGAGGGACCCUCUGGAAGGAGGUGAGCUCACGGUCUCGCCUUCCGCUGUAGGAGCAGGCUCUGAGUCAUCCCCGUUCACAUGCGUCUUCUGGAUGAACAUCCCACGAGGGUCCCAGACGCUUGCUGUGAACUUACCGACGGCUGUGUGUCUGCAGGGGUGAGAAGGUCUGUCUUCAACUGGCCUCUGUCUUCCCCGCAGUCGUGGCUCUGGAUGUGACUCCAGUAGAGGACACAUGCCUGCUCCCUCAGUAGCCUGUCCAGAGAGCUGGGGCCGCCCUGCCUGGAGGGGAUCCCGUGGGACUCCUUUCCUGGCAUUCUAGAGCCUGCGUCCUGGCCGCCCCCAAUCCCACGCGUGGAGAAGUCUCCCUCUACCGGGUCCCGGACACCUCUCCAUGGCAGCCCCAAAGUGGCCAAUACUCGGGAAGUACGGUGUCAGAUUUAGGGCUGUUUACAGGGCAGAUACCCCAGCAUCUUCUGGGUCACUGGGUGUUGAAGCCCAGAGGAUCCAGGAUGGCCAUCUCUCAUGGCGUCAGUGGCACCGAAUAGCGUAAAUGCAGCUCGACCCCAGAAAGCUGGGCGUCAGGGCCCUGCUUCGUGGUUCAGUGCUUGUGUGAUCUUGAGCAAAUACCUAAUUUUUGUACUCGUUUUCUUAACUCCGUGAUGGGGCCUUUCCCAGUGCUGAGGACGUCGUGUCAGGAAGUGCUGAAUACUCAGGAAUGGCUCCUCUUGCCUCCCCACGCCCUUGUGUGUGAAAUAAUUGCUCAAAGAGCCCAUGCAGAUCGGGGUGGGGUCUAAAAUGGGAAGUUUCUCCUUGGGUUGUAUGAUACCUGUUAAAUUUUUUUCCUCAUGUAAACGUGGAUGCAGGAAGAUUUCGGAAUUUGUGCAGUUAAAAAAGGGCUUUUGUAAGGAAGGGUGUUGCUUAUAAACAGUUGAGGUGGCCCAUGACCUUCACCGCGUCCAUUCCUGGCUAGUGCUUGCAAAAUGCGACAGGAGUUUUUAAGUUAUCUUACUACAUACAGUGAGCUCUUUCAGUUACCGUUACUAGAUUCUGUAUAGGAUUCACGCACUGCUGCUUGGUUACAGCGAGCUGUGAUGAGCCGAGCUGGGCGCAUUCCUGCACCGGUGACUCAGCUAUGACUGUUGUCAGUAAUAAAUGGGGUGUUUUGAUUGCUGCAGGAAGGGCCUGCUGCACGCUGUCCCCCAGCCCGUCACCCCUGCGGGCCCUCGUUCGACCUCGGAAGUUCACAGGUGAACGACAGAACCUUCUCCCAUGGAGUGGACCUCCAGUGGGGAAACCGAGGUCGACCCCCAGAUGCACCACAGUCGGGCUGUCCUUCUAGGGGAUCGGCAUGGGCUUGAUUUCUGCAGCACUUGCUGUCCUUAGGGGACCCUCUUGUGACUCUCCUGAAGACCCUUAGUUCUCUGCAGAGACUCGGUGAUCAUGGGACCACGAGAUCAUGACCUGAGCUGAAGUCGGACGCUUAACCGACUUGAGCCCCCCAGGCGCCCCUGGAAAUUACAUGUUAAGAACAGAAAGAAACUGCAUUUUAAUUCAUAUCCCAAAUAUAUGACCUGUUAGUUUUUUCUUCUUCCUAUGUGACCACUGUGUUUUUUGCUAGAAAUGUAAAAUUAUAUUUGAAUAUAGUGUUCUAGCUCUUCUCCAAAGACUGGCACAUAAUUCUUGAAUGAAAUGUAAAAAUCAGUUGCACAGAACCUUCACCAUUUGUGGCCCAGAAUUUCCCAGUAAGCAGCGUGUUGUAUGUCUCCACAUGGUCCCUCUGCAUUGCGUGACCUGGCGGUUUGCCCCUCAGGUGGCCUUGAACUUGUAGGGACUGUUGAGCACAGAGAAGGUUUCUGAUGACCCUCUGAGUCUCACUGUCCUGCAGUCCCAGAUGUGGGGGCGGGGAGUAUGCUGCUUCUCCGCUGAACCCAAGUUUUAUUUGCCUAAUGAGUCUUAUUUGCCUUUCUGUCCUGUGGACUUUGUGCUUUUUCCAACCUGGAACGUAAAUAAAUGGAAAGGGAUGUUCUCUUCCAUCACCAACCUCUGUUUAUGUGCAGGGCUCAGAUCAGCUGGGUAUUUGGAAGUUUCUGUGCACAUCGAUGGCAUUUUUUGUUUUUAAGAAUAAUUUAAAAGUCUGGUUAUUUGUCCUCCAAAUGGGUGACAUCACCCAAAAAGGAUAUGAAAAGAAGAGGUCAAAACUAAUUGGAGCCUACCUGCCCCAGCCUCCGACAGCGAAUGGAGCUGCCGUGGUCCGGUGUAGACUGCAGCACAGUGAAGGAGCCCCGGGAAGAGCGCUGCACUCCGGCAACAUCGGGGUGUGUGACAUCCGAGAAGCCGCGGUCAGAGAGCGGGCGGCCAGCACCGCGGGGAACCGGCCGCUGUUUUACUUUCGCUUCGGGGUGGAUCAAGCUUUGCCUCCUGAGCGCCGGGCUCCAGUCACUCCUGCCUCUUCCACUCGCUAUCACCGCCGAAGGUCCUCAGGGUCACGAGAUGAGCGCUAUCGGUCGGAUGUCCACACAGAAGCUGUGCAGGCAGCGCUGGCUAAACACAAAGAAAGGAAGAUGGCAGUGCCUAUGCCUUCCAAACGCAGGUCCUUGGUUGUGCAGACCUCGAUGGACGCCUACACACCUCCAGAUACCUCUUCUGGCUCGGAAGACGAAGGCUCGGUGCAGGGAGACUCCCAGGGGACCCCCACCUCCAGCCAGGGCAGCAUCAACAUGGAGCACUGGAUCAGCCAGGCCAUCCAUGGCUCCACCACGUCCACGACCUCUUCCUCCUCCACCCAAAGCGGGGGGAGCGGCGCCGCCCACAGACUGGCCGACGUCAUGGCCCAGACGCACAUAGAAAAUCACUCUGCACCUCCUGAUGUAACCACUUACACCUCAGAACACUCGAUACAAGUAGAAAGGCCACAAGGCUCAACGACAUCACGGACGGCACCAAAGUAUGGCAACGCGGAGCUCAUGGAGACUGGCGAUGGGGUGCCAGUAAGUAGCCGGGUGUCAGCGAAAAUUCAACAGCUCGUCAAUACGCUCAAACGACCGAAGCGGCCGCCGUUACGGGAAUUCUUUGUUGAUGACUUUGAAGAAUUGCUGGAAGUUCAGCAACCGGAUCCGAACCAGCCAAAGCCAGAGGGAGCGCAGAUGUUGGCGGUACGUGGGGAGCAGCUGGGAGUGGUGACGAACUGGCCGCCAUCGCUAGAAGCCGCAUUGCAGCGGUGGGGGACCAUCUCCCCGAAGGCCCCGUGCUUGACCACGAUGGACACGAACGGGAAGCCCCUGUACAUCCUCACUUACGGCAAACUGUGGACAAGAAGUAUGAAGGUCGCUUACAACAUUCUGCAUAAAUUAGGUACAAAGCAGGAACCUAUGGUACGACCAGGAGACAGGGUGGCGCUGGUGUUCCCCAACAAUGACCCCGCCGCGUCCAUGGUGGCCUUCUACGGCUGCCUGCUGGCUGAAGUUGUUCCCGUGCCCAUCGAAGUGCCACUCACCAGAAAGGACGCAGGGAGCCAGCAGAUCGGGUUCUUGCUUGGAAGCUGUGGAGUCACUGUGGCCUUGACGAGCGACGCCUGCCACAAAGGGCUGCCGAAAAGCCCAACCGGGGAGAUCCCCCAGUUCAAAGGUUGGCCAAAGCUGCUGUGGUUUGUCACAGAGUCGAAGCAUCUCUCCAAGCCCCCUCGAGAUUGGUUCCCACACAUCAAAGAUGCGAACAACGAUACCGCGUACAUAGAGUAUAAGACCUGCAAGGACGGAAGCGUGCUCGGGGUGACCGUGACCAGGAUCGCGCUGCUGACCCACUGCCAGGCCCUCACGCAGGCAUGCGGCUACACGGAAGCGGAAACCAUAGUGAACGUGUUGGAUUUCAAGAAGGACGUUGGGCUCUGGCAUGGCAUCCUAACAAGCGUCAUGAACAUGAUGCACGUGAUCAGCAUCCCAUACGCGCUGAUGAAGGUGAACCCGCUGUCGUGGAUUCAGAAGGUCUGCCAGUACAAAGCAAAGGUGGCUUGUGUCAAAUCCAGGGACAUGCACUGGGCGUUAGUAGCACACAGAGAUCAGAGAGACAUCAACCUCUCUUCUCUCCGGAUGCUGAUCGUGGCUGAUGGUGCAAAUCCCUGGUCUAUCUCCUCCUGCGACGCGUUCCUCAACGUCUUCCAAAGUAAAGGCCUGCGCCAGGAGGUCAUCUGUCCUUGUGCCAGCUCCCCAGAGGCUCUCACCGUCGCCAUCCGGAGGCCCACAGAUGACAGCAACCAGCCCCCGGGCCGGGGUGUCCUCUCCAUGCAUGGGCUUACCUACGGGGUCAUCCGGGUGGACUCUGAAGAAAAGCUGUCUGUGCUCACCGUGCAGGAUGUCGGCCUCGUGAUGCCUGGCGCCAUCAUGUGUUCAGUGAAGCCGGACGGCAUUCCUCAGCUGUGUAGAACGGAUGAAAUCGGGGAGCUCUGCGUGUGCGCCAUUGCCACGGGCACGUCCUAUUACGGCCUCUCGGGCAUGACCAAGAACACCUUCGAGGUGUUCCCCGUGACGAGCUCGGGGGCCCCUGUCAGCGAGUACCCCUUCGUAAGGACAGGCCUGCUGGGCUUCGUCGGCCCCGGGGGGCUCGUCUUCGUGGUGGGCAAGAUGGACGGGCUCAUGGUGGUCAGCGGGCGCAGACACAACGCGGACGACAUUGUCGCCACAGCGCUGGCCGUGGAGCCCAUGAAAUUCGUCUACAGAGGAAGGAUAGCUGUGUUUUCCGUAACUGUCCUGCACGACGAGAGGAUAGUGAUUGUGGCCGAGCAGAGGCCAGACUCCACGGAGGAGGACAGCUUCCAGUGGAUGAGCAGGGUGCUGCAGGCAAUUGACAGCAUACAUCAAGUUGGGGUUUAUUGCCUGGCCUUGGUUCCAGCAAACACCCUCCCCAAAACCCCACUCGGUGGGAUCCACUUGUCAGAAACGAAGCAGCUCUUCCUGGAGGGCUCACUCCACCCCUGCAACGUCCUGAUGUGUCCCCAUACCUGUGUCACAAACUUGCCUAAACCUCGACAGAAGCAGCCAGAAAUUGGCCCUGCCUCUGUGAUGGUGGGGAACCUGGUGUCUGGGAAGAGGAUUGCGCAGGCCAGCGGCAGAGACCUGGGCCAGAUAGAGGACAAUGAUCAGGCCCGCAAGUUCCUGUUUCUGUCGGAGGUCCUGCAGUGGAGGGCGCAGACCACCCCCGACCACGUCCUGUACACGCUGCUCAACUGUAGGGGUGCCAUAGCAAGCUCACUGACGUGUGUGCAGCUGCAUAAGCGUGCCGAGAAGAUCGCCGUGAUGCUACUGGAGAGAGGGCACCUGCAGGACGGGGACCACGUGGCUCUCGUCUACCCACCAGGAAUAGACCUGAUUGCAGCUUUUUACGGCUGCCUGUAUGCGGGCUGCGUGCCCAUAACCGUCCGCCCCCCGCACCCGCAGAACAUCGCCACCACGCUGCCCACCGUGAAGAUGAUCGUGGAGGUGAGUCGCUCUGCCUGCUUGAUGACAACACAGCUGAUCUGUAAGUUGUUGCGGUCCCGGGAGGCAGCUGCGGCCGUAGACGUCAGGGCGUGGCCCCCCAUACUGGACACAGACGAUUUGCCAAAGAAACGGCCUGCCCAGAUCUACAAACCUUCCAACCCAGACACGCUAGCUUAUCUUGACUUCAGUGUGUCCACAACGGGGAUGCUGGCUGGAGUGAAGAUGUGCCACGCAGCCACCAGUGCCUUCUGCCGCUCCAUCAAGCUGCAGUGUGAGCUCUACCCCUCGAGAGAAGUGGCCAUCUGCUUGGACCCGUACUGCGGACUUGGGUUUGUCCUGUGGUGCCUCUGCAGCGUGUACUCUGGGCACCAGUCCAUUCUCAUCCCGCCUUCUGAGCUGGAAACCAACCCUGCCUUGUGGCUUCUUGCCGUGAGUCAGUACAAAGUCCGGGACACGUUCUGCUCCUAUUCAGUGAUGGAACUUUGUACCAAGGGGCUGGGCUCACAGACAGAAUCACUCAAGGCACGGGGCCUGGACUUGUCCCGCGUGCGGACCUGUGUGGUCGUGGCAGAGGAGCGGCCUCGGAUAGCGCUCACCCAGUCUUUCUCAAAGCUCUUUAAAGACCUGGGUCUCCACCCGCGGGCCGUGAGCACCUCCUUCGGCUGCAGAGUGAACCUGGCCAUUUGCUUGCAGCCCCACAGGCUGUGGAAGGCGGCCGAGCAGGGGACCUCGGGACCUGACCCGACCACCGUGUACGUUGACAUGCGAGCUCUGAGGCACGACAGAGUGCGUUUAGUGGAAAGAGGCUCUCCUCACAGCUUGCCCCUGAUGGAAUCAGGAAAAAUCCUCCCGGGGGUUCGGAUCAUAAUUGCCAAUCCAGAAACAAAAGGACCGUUGGGCGACUCCCACCUGGGUGAGAUCUGGGUUCACAGUGCCCACAACGCCAGUGGCUACUUCACCAUUUAUGGAGACGAGUCCCUCCAGUCAGACCACUUCAACUCAAGGUUAAGUUUCGGAGACACGCAGACGGUCUGGGCGAGGACGGGCUAUUUGGGGUUCCUGCGGAGGACGGAGCUCACAGACGCAAACGGAGAGCGCCACGAUGCCCUGUAUGUGGUGGGGGCUCUGGAUGAGGCAAUGGAGCUGCGGGGGAUGAGGUAUCACCCGAUAGACAUCGAGACCUCAGUCAUCAGAGCCCAUAAAAGCGUCACAGAAUGCGCUGUGUUCACCUGGACAAAUUUGCUGGUGGUGGUGGUUGAGCUUGAUGGGUCAGAGCAAGAAGCCUUGGACCUGGUCCCCUUGGUGACCAAUGUGGUCCUGGAGGAGCACUACCUGGUGGUGGGGGUGGUGGUUGUGGUGGACAUCGGUGUGAUCCCCAUCAACUCCCGGGGAGAGAAGCAGCGCAUGCACCUGCGUGAUGGGUUUUUGGCUGACCAGCUGGACCCCAUCUAUGUGGCCUACAACAUGUAGUCUCGUCUCUGGCUCCCAUGGACCUUUCCAGGGAAGGAAACGUUUUUCUCAGUGUCACUGAAGUUUGCAGACACGAGGGCGACAUUCACUGGGAUGGAGCCUUUGGUCACGCCUCAGCGAGACUCCACAGCAGUCCUGGUUGGCAUGGGGGUGAAAUGUGAAAUGUGAAUUUACCACUGAAGUUUGCUCAGAAGGACUUUGGAUUACUGCCUUCAGUUUGUUGGAAAACCCAUUUCAAAAACUUUCUUUUCUUUUUUUUUUUUUUUUAAUUAUUGGAUAAGUGCUUUCUUCGUAAAUGUGGUAUUUUGUUAAGCCAAAAUAGCAAUUAAAAAAUAUUCUGCCCUCAAGAUGGGUUCUUUUAAACAAUUUAUGUAGUGUGACAAAGAAUUGUUUUCUCUGUUUAAUGUGUCAUGAAAUCUUAAUGACAUGGACCUUGUUACUGAUUUAAGCCAUUGCUAGAUCUUAUCCUUUUAGGAAAGUUUGUUGAGGUACGAGGAAACCUUCCAAAUAGCACCUUCCAAUUAGAUUUUAGCAGCUUUCUUUGUCGGAAAUGUACUGAAGAAACAAAGGCUAGCAUACAGCCUUGGAAGUUAGCAUAGAGUGAGAAGGAAUUAUACAUAAGGUGUAUUUCGGCAACUAUCUUGCAGAUAACUUUGUACUAAACUAAAAAGAUAAAAUAAGUUAACUUCUUCAUAUGUAAUUAUGUACAAAACGUUUAAUUUAUUUUGAUCUCUUUAGAAGUAUAAAAGAGAAAAAACAUUCAAGAACAUUAAAGUCUUGUAAUGUUUGCUAAUAUAAAAAAGUGUUGUAUUAUCUUGCGUGGAUAGUAUCACAACAAAUAUAUAUAUAUGAAAUAUAAAUUCACUAAUGAACAAAGGAGAUUUUAAAGUUUAAAAUGCAGAACCUGUCACUUGCAUGGUGUCCCCUCCACUGUACUGUAGAUAAAGAGAGAUUCUCUCACACCCACUUUGCUGAUGUGAGCAAUCACAGAUCGCCGGUAGCCCGGUCUAAAUGUUUCUUCUAGAACCAGAGACCAGCAAGUGAAGUUAUUGCCAUCUCAGAGAUGGGGAAGGAAUUUGAGGCUAAAUGUGCACUAUCUUUCCUUUGCUGUGGGGGCAACAGCGAACGGUGUGCCAGCAUGUGCUUAGUACGCGGAGCGGGCAUUAGGGAAGGCAGGUGUGUGUGGCACUGUUCUCUUAGCUGCAAGAAUUCGCUGCACAACGUUCUUCAUCAUUUUUGUUAGUGUCACCCCUUUUGGUCCUUGGUAUGAAAAGGAACGAUAUUCUGUGGUCAUUUGCACUGGGUUGUGUUGAUUCCCCUCAGAUGGCCACUGUAUGGAGUGGACAGAGUGUCCGGAACAGCUUUAAGGGAAAAGACUCACCUAGGAGAUCGUCUCCUCGGCCAGCUCUCUGGGGUUCCCUGCCCCGGCGUGAGCAAAACCCACAGGGAACUCGCAUGAGCUGCCCCCGGACUCCUAACAGAGCCACUGGCUGGAGCAAGAAAGCCUCACAGCUGCCUUCAUCUCGCCACCUGUGGAUAACACGUUUCUGAUUUCCGUCUCUUGCUGCUGCUGCUGCUGCUGCUGCUGCUGCUGCUGCUGCUGCUGCUGCUGCUGCUGCUGCUGCUGCUGCUGCUGCUGCCUCACACGCCUUCCAAUUUUCAUGUCUCACCUGUACACUCCUUGAUUGAAUUGGCCCAUCUGUGUCCAGCCAAGAAGAGGUAUCAGCUGUCCAAGCGUGAUUUAUCUCGUAACUGCCCCAAUAUGACCCCGCAGUGGCUCUCGUUGCUAGAAAUGCAUGACCAAGAUUGUUGCUGGGCAAACUUUAGAUUCUCUUUUCGUUACAUUGUAGGCGAUGUCUUCACCUGCCUUUGCUAUAUGCGCCAGCAGUAAGCCCUUUGCUAAAAGAGAGUUUUGUUUGACUUCCGAGAUCCAAGGCUACUUGUUUUCUUAAAAUUUUAAGUGGCAUUUUUAAAACUUUGUCUGCAUGUGGGGUGCAUCCUUCCAUCUCCACAAAUUAGUUGAUUUUUAAAAUAUUAUUUGACUUCAUUGCUGUGUGAAUAUUUCUACACGCUUCAGAUACACAUUCCUACAGUCUUCUGCUUCCUACGAGGGGCGGGGGGAAUCCCCACCACACACAGAAAAAAGACAUUUUCUUACACAUACCAACCUUGUUUAAGGGGAAGGAUGGUUUAAGGCUUCAGAUCAUGUACUGAUUAGGAAACACAGUUGCAGGAGAACUUGUGAGGUCUAGCUGAUGUCGGAAGCAAACAAACCAGGUGUCACUUCCAGUAGGACCUUCACAUGCAAGGCGGUGCGGUUGUGAACAUGGUUAGUGACGUCCUAUCAUCUCUCAUGUUAGAGUUGAGGUCAAAGGGUUGGGGGCUGGGAUCAAAGGUCAUUUGUGCAAGAAAAAGGAAAGGAAACCCGUUUCAGCAAUAAAGAAGGAUCGUUCUGUAUUAGAAAUUGUGCUGUAGAUAAAUCAUUCAUGAGAAUGUAACAAUGUUUGUCUUGUGACCUUGUGCUUUUGAAGUCAGACAAAACCGUGUAAUCAACUUGCACAAAGAAGGGUACACAAUGAACAUUGAAACACAGACCUAACCCAACAGGGCGGCUUCCUCAUGGUGCUUGUUUAUUAUAUAUAUUUAAUCCUGCUUGACACUUUACCCAAGGGAAACUGUCCCUUUUAUCAGUUGAAUGUUAGCAGCGUUAUUUCAUAGAGUGUGGUGACUGGUUAGAGAAAUUCAUGUACUCAACCAAUCACGGUUUCAAACAAAAUUUUUAUGUGCAAAGGACGGCAACCUUCUCGUAUGUUAAACCACCAGUAAGCUUUGUACAUCUGUGAUAACGCCUGUUUUAUAUUCAAAUGAACAAAUAAAAGCUUUUAUUUUUGUUGCUCUGAAAA